CUUAACCUAAAAUACGAAUGAUUAUUUUUCAUACCCAAUAAUAAGACUAAAUAAUUGUUAAAUAUAUUUCCAAUAUGAAUCAAGCCGAAGUGAAUAAAUUAAUGUCUCAACUGAGAGUCUCAGUAAAGCGAUUAAGGAAAUUUAGGAAUCCACUAGGUCCAGAGGAAAGGUUAAAUAAACUAAGAAAAACUGUUACAGCACUGAUUAAGCACGAAAGAAUAGAACUCAAUUAUCCAAGAGCUGAUGAGUCCAGAAUGUACGCAGAGCGGUUAAUAUCCGAUGCCAUUAGAUACGGAGAUUGCCACAAAUCCACGAUGGAAAUGGCGGACUACUGGCUUAUAGAGAAACAACUAAUCCAUAAGUUAUUCAAAGUGCUUGUGCCCAGAUACGAAAAUUACACGAUCUCUUACACGAGAUUACUCAACGCACCGAGGCCCUACCCUGGAGAGAAACACUGCAAAGCCGUCUUAGAACUGAGAGGCAACCCGUACCCGUCUCUCGUGAAAGAUUUCCACUCCGACCGAAGCCUGUUGCACAACGUCCUUUUGGACGAGGCCAGACGGGCCUACAGGUCCGAAAAGUACAAAGAAAUAGCUGCGAAAGUUACGGCCAAUCUCAAAGACAACGGAGACAAAACUAGGCAAGUUGAGGCUAAUGCUAAUGAUGAAGCUAAAGCUACUCUUACUUCAGACAAGACGAAAAAAGUUGAGUCUAAUGAAGAAACUACUACUUAAAUUGAUGUAAAGAGUUGUAUUUAGAAAAUAGUGUUAAUAAAUAUAAUCCACC